UGGAGAUCCGACCUUCCAGCUCUGAGAUUUUGUCGGCAAGCCGGGAGCAGGAGUCGCAGGAUGCAGAGUUUGUGGCUCCAUAAAAGUCAAGAGGGGUCAAGCCUACAGCAGUCAGCAGAUCCAGUCGUGUCACAGACAGAAGUCAUUUGACAUCCAAACCUGAAACACUGGUAAAAACUGGUGAAGAAGAUUUUCAGACAGAAUAAUGUUGAGAAUCUGCAGCAAGAGUCUGGUGAAGGUGGGGAGGCUGAAACCCUGUAUCCCUCUAAGACAUGCCGCUCUGCACUCAUGUAGAAACAUAAGUCAGCAGCAGGAUCUGCCUAAACUGCCCAUCCCCCCUCUGAAGAAGACCUGUGAGCUGUACCUGAACAUCCUGGAGCCUGUGUUGAAGCCCCAUGAGCUGCAGAGAGCCAAACAGCUGGUGGAAGAGUUUCAGAAACCAGGAGGAGUGGGAGAGAGACUGCAGAAAAAUCUGCAGAGCAGAGCAGAGGGAGUAGAUAACUGGUUAACAGACGCUUAUGAGAAGAUUCUCUACCUGGCAAAACGAAAGCCUUUACCUAUUUUUUCAAAUAUGUUGGGACUCUUCCCCAAACAGGACUACACAGAUAUUGAGGGACAGAUCAGGUGUGCUGCUGAUUUGAUUGUGGCUCUACUGGACUUUAAACUGGAGACUGAAACUGGCACGCUUCCAGUUUCAUACAUCCGAGGAACACCGAUGUGUAUGAUGCAGCAUGAGGAACUAUUAUCAUCCUGCAGAAUCCCACAUCCAGAAGUUGAUUCUCUGAUGUUUCACGCUGAAAGCCCAAACCCUCCCAAACAUAUCAGCGUGGUUCACAACGGUCAGUUCUUUGUGAUGGAUGUGUACCACAGUGAUGGUACUCAGCUGAGUAAGGAGGAUAUCUUAGUUCAGCUGAAGAGAAUAUAUGAAUCGUCAAUGCAGCCUGACCAGGAACCUGUUGGGAUCCUGACAUCUCAAUGCAGAGACAUCUGGGCCAAAGUCUAUGAGAAGCUCAUCACUGAUGAAAUCAACAAACAAGCGCUGUUCGCCAUCCAGAGCAGCAUCGUCACCAUCUGUCUGGAUGGACCAACGCCUCCUGUUGCCAGUCAAUCUCGUUGUGACAAAACACUGCAGAUUCUGCAUGGGGAAGGGAGCAGCUUUAACAGUAACAACCGCUGGUUUGACAAGAUGUUGCAGAUUAUCAUUGGAAGGGACGGGAUAUGUGGAGCUCAGUUCUCACAUACAGUGGCUGAUGGAAUAGCUGCUUUAGAACUUUUGGAUAUGUUGGUUCUACGCAUGAAAAAAGAAAAACCACAGGCGUCCCCAGUCACGGAUUUAUGUCCCCCGCAGAAACUGAAGUUCAACAUUUCACCAGAGAUAAAGGAGGACAUCGAGGAGGCCAAGCAACACAUGGAGAAGCUGAUUAAAGGUUUUGAUCUUAAGACAAAAGUGUUCGAGCACUUUGGUAAAAACCUCCUCAAGUCUUUCAAGAUGAGUCCCGAUGGUUUCAUGCAGAUGGCAACACAACUGGCAUACUUCAGGACACACCAGCAGCUCUCCGCCACGCUAGAACCCGUAUCUCUGAGGAUGUACAAAGGAGGGCGUCUAGGAAUCAUCAACGCAACCUCCAGUGCAUCCGUCGCUUUUGUUAAAGCCUUCGAUGACCCGAACAAGCAGAUCUCAGAGAAACUGGAUCUGCUGAAAAAAGCUCUGAAAACACACCAUCACAGCUUUGCCACGAUACUCCGUGGACAGAUCACAGAUGGACAUCUCUUUGGACUGGAGAUGCAGGCUGUCGAGGAAAAAAUCCCCACCCCUGAAAUCUUCACAGAUGUUUCCUAUGAAAAAGCUUUCACAUUUCAAGUCAUAGCUGGUCAGGUAACAAGCGUGAAUGGAGUCAUCACAUGUUCCAGUCCUGAAGAAGUCGGACUAUACGACGUAAAUUACGGUUUAAUGAAUGAUCACAUGGAGUUAAUAGUGUCCUGUUUCGAAUAUUCUGAGACUGACAGAGAAAAGGAUUCAGCAAAGAUGAUCCAAUCCCUUGAGGAUGCUUUGUUGGACAUGAGGAACUUAUGUGAAGAAGCCACAGAGAAAAUCUAACCCAGCAGGGUUAGUGCUUGAAAACUUAAAUCUGAUGUAUCCUGUAAAGUAUGAUGAAUUAAACACAUUUUAUUUGAUUGUAA